GCUACCAAAAAGCGCUGUGUAAUUCUGCUGAAACAACGAAAAAAAAGAGGAACAAAAGCGAACGCUGCAUGACUUUUGUGUUGAAAGUAGGAAUAAAAUAGAUUUUGUAUUCGGAAAAAUAGGCGGCACCGCAUUAUAGCAAAUAUGACUGGUGAGACGAAGCAGGAAAAGAAGCCGCAGCCGGCGGCUCCCGGUGGCGAUGCCAAGGAUCUAAAGGCCAAGCAGGCGGCGGCGGCAUCAUCGUCCGAGGGCAAGAAGGAGGACAAGGACAAGGAGCAGCAGCAGGAGCUGUCCGACGAGGACCAGCAACUGCAGGAAGAGCUCGAGUUGCUGGUGUUGCGCCUGCAAGAGUCAGAUAAGAAGCUGUACCAGCCGACGCUGGAGAUGAUGGCCAAACUAAUCAGGGCCUCCACCACGUCGAUGACCUCGGUGCCCAAGCCUCUCAAAUUCAUGCGUCCGCACUACGACACCAUGAAGAAGGUGUACAAACACAUGCCCGACGAGCAGACGCGCCAGCUGUGCGCGGACAUAAUUUCGGUGUUGUCGAUGACCAUGGGCAGUGGCAAGGACUGCCUGGCUUACCGCUUCCUAUGCGACCGGAAGCAGCGCAUCGGCGACUGGGGCCACGAGUACGUGCGUCAUCUGUCGGGCGAGAUCUCGGCGCACUACCACGACACGACAGGCGACUUCCGCACCCAACUGAUUGAGCUAGUCAAGCAGAUAAUACCUUACAACAUGGAGCACAACGCCGAGGCGGAUGCCUGCGAUCUGCUGAUCGAGAUUGAUCACCUUCAUCUUCUAGGGGACUACGUCGACGAGUCUGCUUAUCCCCGCGUCUGCCUUUACCUGCAGUCGUGCUACCCGUACGUCCCCGAGCCGGACAACACCAUUAUCUUGGAGACGGCCCUGCAGUUGGCGCGUAAGUUCACCCAGCACACGCAGGCCAUGCGCCUGGCUCUGAUGUUGAACGACAUGGAUAAGAUUGGCGAGAUCUUUCGGGAACCCAAGGAGCCGGCCAUGCAGAAACAGCUGGCCUUCAUGCUGGCCCGCCAGCAGAUCUGUCUGGAGCUGGACGAAUCAGUGGCGGACUACGACGACCUAAUGGAGAUAAUGUCCAAUGCGAACCUGAACAAGCACUUCCUCAAUUUGGCCCGCGAGCUGGACAUCAUGGAGCCAAAGACGCCGGAGGACAUCUACAAGUCGCAUCUGGACAACUCGCGAUCCCGCUUCGCCUCCAUCCAGGUGGACUCGGCCAAGCAGAACCUGGCCGCCAGCUUUGUCAAUGGUUUCGUCAACGCCGGCUUCGGCGUUGACAAGCUGCUGUCCGAAGAUGGCAACAAGUGGCUUUAUAAGAACAAGGAGCACGGCAUGCUGUCGGCCACCGCCUCGCUGGGCCUGAUCCUGCUGUGGGACGUGGAUGGUGGUCUGACGAUGAUCGAUAAGUACUUGUACUCCACAGACGACAAUAUCAAGUCUGGGGCGUUGCUGGCCUGCGGCAUCGUCAACUGCGGCAUCCGCAACGAGGUCGAUCCGGCUCACGCCCUGCUCUCCGACUACAUCGACAACCAGAACUCGUGCAUGCGGGUUGGUGCCAUCCUUGGCCUGGGAAUCGCCUACGCUGGCUCCAAUCGCUCCAUUGUGAUCGACACUCUAAAGACAGUCUUCUCCUUGGGGAGCAACAACAAGAGCUCGGCCAGCGUUGAGAUCCUAGGAAUCACGGCCCUAUCGCUGGGCCUGAUCAGUGUCGGUUCUUGCAACGCCGAGAUCACGGAGAUUCUUCUUCAGACCAUUAUGGGACUUACCAAGUCGGAUCUGAAGGACACCUACACGAGGUUCCUGUUCUUGGGCUUGGGUCUGCUCUACUUGGGCCGUCAAAAGUCCACCGAAGCCGUUAUGAUGACCCUGGAGGUUCUGGAGGAGCCGUACCGUAGCAUGGCCACCACAAUGGUGGACAUUUGCGCCUAUGCCGGCACUGGCAAUGUGCUCAAGAUCCAGCACCUGCUUCACAUCUGCUCGGAUCACUAUGAGACUGCCAAUGCCGACGAUGAGAAGGAGAAGAGCAAGAAGGAGAAGGGCAAGGAUAAGGACAAGGAAAAGGAGAAGGAAAAGGAAAAGGAGCGCGAAAAGGAUCUUUCGGCCACCCAAGCGAUCGCAGUACUGGGGAUUGCUCUUAUCGCCAUGGGAGAAGACAUCGGCGCCGAGAUGGCCUACCGUUCCUUCGGCAACCUGCUGCGCUACUGCGAGCCGGCCAUCAGACGCUCCGUUCCCCUGGCCCUGGGCCUCAUAUCCGCCUCCAAUCCCAAGCUGAACAUCCUCGACACGCUAAGCAAGUUCUCCCACGACAGCGAUGCCGAAGUGGCCCAUAACGCAAUCUUUGCCAUGGGCUUGGUUGGCGCCGGAACCAACAACGCCCGUUUAGCCUCGAUGCUGCGCCAGCUCGCCCAGUACCACUCCAAGGAUCCCAGCAACCUGUUUAUGGUGCGGAUAGCUCAGAGUCUGACGCAUUUGGGCAAGGGCACGCUUUCGCUGAGUCCUUAUCAUAGCGAUCGUCAGCUGAUGAACCCCAUGGCCGUUGCUGGUCUGAUGGCCACUUUGGUCUCGCUGCUGGAUGUGAAAAACCUGAUCUUGAACCGCUCCCAUUAUCUGCUCUAUACCUUGGUGCCGGCCAUGCAGGCCCGCAUGCUAAUCACCUUCGACGAGGAGCUCAACCAGCUUCAGGUGCCUGUCCGCGUGGGCAUUGCCAUCGAUGUGGUCGGACAGGCUGGCAAGCCGAAGACCAUCACCGGCUUCCAGACCCAUACCACGCCCGUCCUGCUGGCCAUAGGCGAGCGUGCCGAGCUGGCCACCGAUGAGUAUCUGGCGCUAACACCCGUCAUGGAGGGAUUCGUCAUACUGAAAAAGAAUCCCAACUUUGUGAAGUAGGAAAGUGCAUUGCAUUCAAACAUCUAACGUUUAAGGUCACACGAGAAAUUGAAGUUCAGUAAACUAACUCCAAAUAA